GACUUAAAUGUAAAUGUACUCCAAAACAGCUAUAGCUGAAGUCAGAAGUUUACAUACACUUAUGUUGGAGUCAUUAAAACUCAUUUUUCAACCACUCCAGAAAUUUCUUGUUGACAAACUAUAGUUUUGGAAAGUCGGUUAGGAUAUCUACUUUGUCAGAAUUUUACAUACACUAAGUUCACUGUGCCUUUAAACAGCUUGGAAAAUUCCUGAAAAUUAUGUCAUGGCUUUAGAAGCUUCUGAUAGGCUAAUUGACAUAAUUGUAGUCAGUUUGAGGUGUAGCUGUGGAUGUAUUUUAAGGCCUACCUUCAAACUCAGUGCCUCUUUGCUUGACAUCAUGGGGCAAUGAAAAGAAAUCAGCCUUAACCUCAGGAAAAAAUGUGAUGACCUCCACAAGUCUGGUUCAUCAUUCGGAGAAAUUUCUAAACGCCUGCAGGUAUCACGUUCAUCUGUACAAACAAUAGGACAGGACCGUGUGAAGAUGCUGGAGGAAACAGGAACAAAAGUAUCUAUAUCCACAGUUAAACAAGUCCUAUAUCGACAUACCCUGAAAGACAGCUCAGCAAGGAAGAAGCCACUGCUCCAAAACCGCCAUAAAAAGCAAGACUACAGUUGGCAAAUGCACAUGGGGACAAAGAUCGUACUUUUUGGAGAAAUGUCCUCUGGUCUGAUGAAACAAAAAUAGAACUGUUUGGCCAUAAUGACCAUUGUUAUGUUUGAAGUUAAAAGGGGGAGCCAAAGAACACUAUCCCAACCGUGAAGCACGGGGGUGGCAGCAUCAUGUUGUGGGGGUGCUUUGCAGCAGGAGGGACUGGUGCACUUCACAAAAUAGAUGGCUUCAUGAGGAAGAGAAAUUAUGUGAAUAUAUUGAAGCAACAUCUCAAGACAUCAGUCAGGAAGUUAAAGCUUGGUCGCAAAUGGGUCUUCCUAAUGGACAAUGACCCCAAGCAUACUUCCAAAGUUGUGGCAAAAUGACUUAAGGACAACAAAGUCAAGGUAUUGGAAUGGCCAUCACAAAGCCCUGACCUCAAUCCAAUAGAACAUUUGUGGACAUGUAUGAGCAAGGAGGCCUACAAACCAGACUCCCGUUACACCAGCUCUGUCAGAAGGAAUGGGCCAAAAUUCACCCAACUUAUUGUGGGAAGCUUGUGUAAGGCUACCUGAAACGAUUGACCCAAGUUAAACAAUUUAAUGGCAAUGCUACCAAAUACUAAUUGCGUGUAUGUACAUUUCUGACCCACUGGGAAUGCUAUGAAAGAAAUAAAAGCUGAAAUAAAUCCUUAUCUCUACUAUUAUUCAGACAUUUCACAUUCUUAAAAUAAAGUGGUGAUCCUAACUGACCUAAGACAGGGACUUUUUACUAUGAUUAAAUGUCAGGAAUUGUGAAACUGAGUUUAAAUGUAUUUGGCUAAGGUGUAUGUAAACGUCCGACUUCAACUGUAACUAAGUUUUCAGAUGUUCCUUUUUGUGUCUUUCCCUUUAAAAAAUGACUGGCAAGCUGUUGUCAGGGGAAGUGAUGGUCCACCACGUUAUAAAAAAUCGCUAUCUAAAUCAUAAAAUUCAUUUAAAAAAAAAAGAAAUGGGAGGGAGUGUGGCUUAUUUUUAUGUUAUGCAUAAAGUUAGCAGUGUUGUUAAGGUUAGGUUUAAUAUACAAUUUUAAGAAGAUCAUGUGUAGAAAUAGGCGGGGUUUAUGACUUAGUGCCUUUGGUGACUAGUGACGACGGUUGAAAACAUGCUAACGUUAGCUAGUUAAACAAAGUAAACAUACCAGCUGGCUCUCUAGCGUGUUGGCUAACAUCCAACGAAUGGGUGCCUAGUUACUCCACAACAAAACAUAUAUUAAGGAGAUAUAUUUUAUAUCUACAGUAAUGGCAGGCACCACAGUAGCUAAGAUGGAGGUGCUGUGUUUCCGGUUGCCAGGUCACGGUGACGCCACGCUAAAGAGCAUGAACUCUCUGAGGUCCCGGCAGCAGUUCUGUGACAUCACCAUCGUGGCCAGCGGCAGGCAGACAUUCCGGGGACACAAAGUGGUCCUGGCUGCCUGCUCCCCCUUCCUCAGGGACCAAUUCCUGCUUAACCCUUCCUCUGAACUGCAGGUGUCAGUCCUUCACAGCUCCUCGGUGGUAUGUGAGCUGCUCCAGUCCUGCUACACCGGUGUGCUGCAGUUCAGCCCCAAGGAGAUAGUGAAUUACCUGACGGCCGCUAGCUACCUGCAGAUGGAGCAUGUUGUGGAGAAGUGCCGGGGAGCCCUGGGCAAGUACAUGCAGCCAAGGAACCCCAGCUCACCAAAGAUCAAGUCAGAAGAGAGUCACUCGAUGCCAGUGACAGUCAGUGGCAGCAGUCAAUCCCUUAUGUCGACCUCUAUUGAUAAUUCCCCCUCACUGCAGCCUCACAGCCCUGUACAGUCUCAGGUUGAUGACCAUACAGACUCGUACACUAAGACAGAUAUACGUCACGAUGACGAACAUAACACUCUGGAUGAGAUCAAGGUGAGGGUAACAGAGGAGGAUGAGUGCCCGGACGAUUAUGACAUGAUCCGGAUGUGCGAGGAGGGUGAGGAAGAGGAGGGUGAGCAGGAGCUGGAAGAGAGGCGAGAGGUAGAGGAGGGCGGUGAAGAAGCCACAGAGGGCCAUCAGGGGGGCCAGUGUCCAGAUACGGACAGUGUCAUAGUGGGAGGGGGUGAGGGGGACGACGUGACCCCAGCCGAAAUGGCUAUCCGCAUCAGCAGCUUCGAGAGGGAAGGGCUCCGCGCCUGGAGGCGGCGACUCACCGACUCACCGAAAGUGGGCCGGGGGAGGGGCUUCAAGAGGAAGCGUGGCUCGUACCAUGAGAGGGAGAGGAGACCUCGAGGUAUGCAGUACCAGGAGGCAUGGCGUAUGCCCACUGGGGCAGAGAUGAUGCAGAGCUUCAGCCUGGACUUCAGCCAGGAAGCCACAAGGUCAGUGUUCCCCUCGGGGAGCGAGCUCCCACGGCUAGACUACGGGAUGGGGGACUCUCAGGGAGAGGUGCUGGUACCUCGGGAUGGGAAUGGGCCGGUCCACUACAGCCUGGACGACCCCAGUGGUGAUGGAGGGGAGGGUAAUAUGGGAAUGUCGGCUGUGCCAACAGGUGGUGACGAGGCGGGGGAUGAGUCUGUCGCAGUGGUAGGCUCCACCUCCAGCACAGCGGGGCCGGUGGCUUGUGAGCAAUGCGGCUUGACCUUCCCCUCUGCACACUACCUGGCCGUCCACUCGCGCGCCACCCACUUACUGUACGUGUGCCCCUGCUGCGGCAAGCACUUCAACCACUCCAGCAACCUCAACCGCCACAUGACCGUGCACCGUGGUGCCAAAGUCCACCGCUGCCAGCUCUGUGACAAGACAUUCACGCAGAAGUCCACGCUGUGCGAUCACAUGAACCUGCACAGCGGCGAGCGGCCCCACUGCUGCGCCUACUGCCAAUCACGCUUCGCCCACAAGCCGGCACUGCGGCGCCAUCUCAAAGAGCAGCACGGGAAGACGACCGCUCAGAACAGCCUGGAGACACAGGCCGAGAUGGAGAGAGUGGCAGGGGAAGGAGAGGGAGACACUCAGGACAGAUUUGACUUUUGACAAGGACACUGUCCAAAGUGUACUCUCAUUGACUAAGCAUUACAGGUUGCGGUUGGAGGUAAAGAGGGCUUAUUCAAGCAAGCGUGCCUUUUGCCCAAAGAGUGGUUUUGAGUGUGCCUUCAGACUUGAAAAAGGGGGAAACUAUGUCCUACACGGCCGUGGUUCUGGAGGACUGGAGUUGUGUAAACCUCAGUUUUCGAUCUGUCUCAUUUGUAACUCACUGGCUGACCAAUAAAAUAUUUUAAUUUGUG